AUGUGCCAUUUCACCUCCUCUAAUUGCCCUUUAACUCUUUUUCCGCUUUCUUUUCUCACCUCUUUUGCCCUCCCUCCUUGGCCUCCUUCGUUGGCCUCCAUCGACUGGUUGAUCCAGGUUAAGCAUGGGAAUGGUGGUGAUGGUAAAGGGCUUGAGGAGUUGGCCAAAGCUUUGAAAAAGUUGAUUGGUGAUGCAAUUAAAAAGGCUGAUGAUAGUCUUAAAGAAAAAGAAGAUGAACUUAAAUGCGCUGAUAAAUACGAUAAUGAGCAUCACAACAAGCAUUGUAAGUCGCUUAAGGAUCAAAUUGCUACAGCCAAUGAACCUGAAAAAUCUAAAAAGAAAUCCGUCUUGAAGAAACAUUAUGAUGAAGUUCAUUACCUUACUGAGAAUGCCAGACAAAGAGCCUUGGAUGAUAUUGAUGCCCGCCGUAUCUCUCUUGGUCAGCUUGCCGGACAGCUUUCGGGUUUAAUUGGUGGUGGAGAUGAAGUUAAAGAUGCAAUUUUGAGGGGCUUGCACAGCAAUGUAACUCAGCUUGAAAAGCUUUUGAAUGCAUCGUGUGGAGAUGAGGGGUGUGAUUGUAAUAUUAAGAAUUUCCGUGAUAAUGAUCUUAAAAAUCUUCAAGAGCAUUUUAAUGAAAUUGAUGAAAUUGAAACAAAAAUUAAUAGCCUUCAAAAGCAAAAAGAUGAAAAAAGUGAGGCGUCCGUAGGGACGCCGUCCGGCAGUGAGUCUGAGAUUGAGAGGCAAAUUGAGGCAGAAAAAAAGAAACUUGACGAGCAAAAUAAGCUUCUUGAAAGGCAAAUUACACAGCUUCAAAAGCAAUUAGAAGAGCCUAAAGAGCAAAUUAACAAGAAAAUUCAGGAGCUUACUGACAAAAUUGCUGAGCUCCAAAAGGAAAUUGAGCAGUAUAAAGAGGCACAAAAUCCUGAUAAAAAAGUUGAAGAUAUCUCUAUUCCCUACAAUCUUUCCAAUUCUCUUGAAACUGAGCAGGCUAAAUUGAAGUCUCAUAAGGCUUCGUUGGAGUCUCUUGAUAGUCUUGGAAAGCUUAUGAAAUUUCAUCAGAGUGUUGAAAAUGCAGACAAUAAAAAUUGUAAAGAUAUUUUAGAUAAAUUGUGUACAGGUCUCCAAACAUUUUUAGGUUACAACUCUAAUUCCAAAGGCUACACCGGAGAAGGGAUUGUGUACUCGGACCUCGACAGGCUGUGCGACGGGGUGAUGUCUUUCCUCCUUGAAUGUCUUAAGGGCAGUGAACCUUUGUUAAAGCAUUAUUAUGGUGAUAUUACAAAUACUAUUACUGAAUUAGAAAGUAAAAUAGGUAAGGGCCUUGGUGUUCCAGAAUUUGCGCAGGCCAUUGGGAUUGUGCAGGCGGGGCUGGAGAGGUAUGAGAGUGGCAUGGAGGAGAGGAUUAAUCGUUUUAAAAGUUGGUAUGACGCAAUGAUGAAUACUGAAAUAAAGGAUUUAAAAGGCGAAAUGUCAACAUUUCAUGAUAAGAACCUUGAAGAUCAGUUGAAAGCUGUGUCCUCCAAGGCAAAGAUGUGUCUUCACAGGGCAACAUUCGGCGAAAAAUCAAAAAGUGAACUCGAUGAAAAAUUGCGUGAAAUGCUUGAUAAACCUGUAAGUUUAAUCAAACAGGCUGCACACGAUUUUAGGGAAAUUAAUGAAAAUGGCCUGCUUAACCAUCAGGCAAGGGCUGUGGACACGGCACUUCAGACCCAGCAAGCUGCCUUAAACAACGCUAUAAAUACUGGGUCCCAAAAGUUUCAAAACACUGUAGGUGGUGAAUUUGACAAGAUAAGAAGUAGUUUGAAUGACCUGAAAGAAAAUACUUUAAAGACUGAAAUGCAAAAGGUGAGGAGUGCAGUGGAGGACGCGAAGGUAUUUGUACAAGACUGUAUAACGGAUUUUGAUAAAAUAUAUGAACACAAUAUUCUGAAUGAGUUCAACAGUAUCAAUCAACAAAUGACUGAUAUCACUAAAUCAAAUAAAAGCGUAAAAUAUGAAUCAAAAUUGUUCGAAGAGGUCGAGAAACUUAACAAGGCGGUAUUAGAGUUGGAAAAGCUGUAUCAGGGAAAAUUGGUGGAUGUCAAAAAGAAAGUUGACAAGGCGGUUGGUCUAACUGAUAAUGAGCCUGGUAGUGUGUUGGCGGAGCUUACGAAAUUGGAUGACCACCUGCGCACGGAUUUGGAACGAGUGCGAGGGGAUAUAAAACUGCAGAUUGAUGGUUACAUAGACCAUCAGGUUCGGGGCUUCAUGAAAGCGGUAAAGCAGGCUUGGAAUGCUGGUAGUAGUGGUGCCGCAUCGAUGUUGUAUAGCAGCCUGAAUGGAGACCUAAAGAAUUCGUUCCAGACCGUUCAUGCACCUACAUCUACAUACAUAACAAGUGCAUUGAAAGCCAUAAAUAGUGACUUCAAGCUAAACAGUGGUUCACCAAUUCCCGAUCCAGAUACCCUCCACCUGAUUAGAAACCUUAAGACUGAUAUAGAGAAUACGCUUAAGAAAGUUAUAACGGAUCCUAAAGAAAAUAUAAAGAUCAACGAGAGCUUCAUGAACCAUUAUUACGUACAAACUAUGAAAGAAGAACGUCGAGAAGGUGCGCUUAGAACAAAAAUCAAGCAGAUUAAAGGGAAGUUUGGCGGCGGCUUCCAAGGUGACGGAGAAAACACAAAGAUACAUUUGGAAACACUUGAAGGAUACAAUACUCCGCCAAGCACAUCCAGCUCCAGUGAAGGCGCCAAGCCUGCGUAUAACAAGGCGGUCGCCAGUGUGAAACAAAUGGUUGACAAAAUGGAACGGCUUCCAGAAUUCGUUGAACAGCGUAAGCUGGCAGCCGAUGAAAUUAUGAAAGACAUUAAAACAAAAUUUACGACACUGCAAGGAAUGAUUGACGACGUCGAUUUAAUUGUAAAUGCUGCGGAGAAAGGCUUACAAAAUGCCAUUGACUCAGUUGGCAACGCGGUAAAAAAAACUGAGCAGGACAUAACUCAGGAAAGCAAGAAUCUUCAAGCUCAACUCCUCGCCGCCGUUAAAUCCUCUUUCGAUACCGUCAAGAAUUCCGUCCAAUCCCUCUUUGCUCGUCAGAAGCAGGCCGAGCUCACGCAGCUGCAGAGCGUCGUCACGGAGCAGUUGGAGAAGAUAGAAGAGAUAAUCAGGGAGGAUAAAUCAACAGGGGUGAAGGGUUUUUUGACGAUAUUAAGAGAGGGGAUGUUUGAAAAUUUCCUGAGUAGGUCGCAUCCUUUAAAAGAUGGCAUGAAACUAUCAGAGUUGGCUGUACAAGCUGUAAUUUGUUUUGAGGGUCUGUUUGAAUAUUUUGAUGAAGAAUUGACACCAAAGAACUCCCGACUUGUACGUACAUUGCAUUCUCAGUCUACAGGUCCUCAUGCUGCUAUGGUUGAGAACAUCAGAAGUGUUCUCAACGCCUUGCUUGGUCACUUAAUAAAUACUAAUCUUAAAACAUAUGACUUUGACCACACCUUUAGAGAGAAAGUACAUGAGCUCACAGUGUCGGUAGGCGCCUUAAGCGCUAAAACGUUCGGCGAGGGAAGGAAUCCCGAGCUGCUGAACAUCUUUAAGAGUGGCAUGUCGGCCCUCACCACUGAACUCUCCCGCGCGUAUGUGAACGUUUAUAGCGGGAAAACUUUUAGUCAAUUAGUGAUUCCCAAAACGGACAGUGAUCCACAAUCCUCCGACAAGUUAACCCCCGAGGGCCGCAACUGCGCCAAGGUCUGCCUGACCAUACUGGAGAGGGUGUCUCAUGAUCUUAUGAAUUUGAGAAAAGCAUGUAACAAGAAUACUAAAGGAAAAUGGCACGACAAGAGUAUUUAUUUGUAUGAAAAUGGCAAAAAAGGCGAACACACACUGGGUGACUGGUUGAAGAAGCACGGCUUUACAGUGCCGAAGGAUAAGGACACCCAAAACGGUGAGUUGAACAAGGACAAGAAGGGUAACGAAAUUUAUGAUCUACUUGUCAAAGAUGAUGAGAAACAUGUCUACAAGAAGGAUAACAGUAAGGAAGAUGAAGGCCCACUAAGGACACUGCGUCGCCACCUUGAACAAUACUACAAAGUCUCUCACUACAACAUCUCUGCAAAGCCAAAGGCACCGACUACUGUUAACCAGAUGCUGCAAUGGCUUACCGGUUUACAGUAUAAUCCAGUAUAUGCUCCACUUUGCAAUUACUUCAAGCAAUUGUUCCCCAAGCCCAAGGGAGAUGAGAGAGAUUAUAAGGAGAUACCCAGCGACCAACUAAAACUAGAAUACCAUCAGUACGCGAGAAUUACACAUACAGAACUAACAGACACGCUUGAGACUCUAUGUCGUCAGUCCGAGAAAAUGCUAAUUACCUUCCUAGGCCAUGGCCAUGCCGACGGCAUCUACGCCGUUGAGUUCUCAAACAAUUCAAAUAAUCUGUUUUAUCCCGAUAGCCCUGCUACCUGCUUAGAUAUGCUUGUGAAUGUAUUGAAUAGAGUGCAUUAUCAACUGAAUUUCAUAUACAAGAUGUGUCAUAACGGCCGUAGUAGGGGCGGUUGGGAGGAAUGCCACUAUGGCAGGUAUAUUGGUGGGUCACAUUGGAACUGCAAUGAGAAGCAGUGUCCCAACCAAAACGCUGACCAAAAAGGUGACCAAACGUGUACCCAAAAGCACGCCCAAAACUGUGACCAACGUGUAAGUUGUGGCCUCAAGUCGCCGUUACAGUCGUUCCUGGAAGACGGGCUUCCCGGUUUCCUUCCUCACCAAUUCAAGAAGCCUGGUUGUAAGCUGGAAUGCACUGUGCCCAAUCACCAAGGCAUUCCAUGUCUCACCCCAAUGGGCUUUGCUGAUAUUUCCCAAGCGGCGUCACAUACGAAAACCGGCAAGCACCUUUUUGGCGCACUUUAUUAUUUUUGCGGCACCACGUAUGCUCUCACUAAGCUGUGUAGUGCGCUGAACUGUCUGCUGCGAACGCCGCCCAAAUCAUUAGGGGACAUGUUAGCUUUCUACCAUAAAUUCCUUGAGAAUUAUUCGAGACAAAAGCACAAGCAAAUCGCAUUUGACGAAGCAGUCCGAAAGGCCAACUUCGGGAAUCCAGAUACUAAAUUGGACAUUGUGUCUAUACAAGGCAGCAAGUCGCACACUGCUAAACAUUCCCAAGGUGACUUAUUUGGUAUAAUUAGCUGCAACACUUCCGAGUCCUCCAAAAAUCCAGUCGUCCCCUGUGGAUCGUAUAUGCAGCCCCUUACAUUAGAUGUAGUCUCCUUGUUUUCCGAAAUGCGGGCUGCCAACUAUCUUUCAUGGAUUGUAUAUAUAACAGAGACCUUUUAUGACUUACUUAAGAAACUAUAUGAAGAUUGUUGCAAUAACUGCAACAAACCAGGCACCAAAUGCCAUGAUAAAGCCUGCGAUGAAAAAUGCACAGUCAAAUCCUUGUAUGAAACUCCGAAAUAUGCUGCGCAAUCUCAGCAGUCCAGCCCUCAACAUCAGAAUGUCAAUCACAUUGACGGCUGCAAUUCCAUUGUAGAGUGCACGAAUAUGCAUCCAUUACUGUACAAAUAUGGUUUCACAUUUGAAAGCCCAUAUGACUUAAGUGGCAAAAAUGGUAUUGAUAAGCAACGCUCAUGCAAAGAUUUCUGUAUGGCAUUGCGGAACGUAAUUGAGGAUGCUAGAAAAGGAGCCUUGGAGGAUAUUGAUGCCCGCCGUAUCUCUCUUGGUCAGCUCGCUGGACAGCUUUCGGGUUUAAUUGGUGGGAGUGAGGAAGUUAAAAAUGCAAUUUUGAAUGGUUUAUACAGUAAUGUAACUCAGCUUGAAAAGCGUUUACAAGCAUCUUGCGGAGGUGAGGGGUGUGAUUGUAAUAUUAAGAAAUUCCGUGAUGACCUUAAAAAUCUUCAAGAUACAUUUAAGAAAUAUGAUGAAAUUGCAACAAAAAUUGACAGCCUUCAAAAAGAUAUUGCUGAAAAAAGUAAGGCGCCUGGAAAGGCGCCGUCCGGCGGUGGUCCUGAGAUUGCGGAGCUUAAUGAGAAAAUUGAGGCAGAAAAAAAGAAGCUUGAAAAGGAAAAUGAGUCUCUUAAUGAGCAAAUUAAAGAGCUUAAAAGUGCUUUAAAUGCUUCUAAAAUGAAAAUUGAUGAAUACAUUCAGAAGCUUACUGCCAGCGUAAGAAAGUGUGAAGAGGAAAUUAAGCAGUAUAAAAAGGAUGAAAAACAGCGCCAUAAAAAGCAGUAUAAUGAGGAUCUUAAAGAUGCAGAUAUCUCCAUUCCCUCCCAUCUUUCCAAUCCUCUUGCAACUGAGCAGGCUAAAUUGAAGUCUCAUGAGGCUUCGUUGGAGUCUCUUAAAAAUCUUGAAAAGCUUAUUGCAUUUCAUGAGAGUGUUGAAAAGAAUCAAGAUGGAGAAUGUUUAAGCAUUUUAAACAAUUUGUGCACCGGGCUGGAGAAGUUCCUUGGUUACCAAGAAACUUCCAAAGGCUACGAUGGCGAGGGCAUCGUGUACUCGGACCUUGACAGGCUCUGCGACGGGGUGAUGUCUUUCCUUCAUGGAGUUUUGCAUAACAUUAAGCCUAAAUUAGGCCUGCAUAAAGAGUCUAUAAAUGACGCUAUUAAGUCUCUUAACACCAAUAAACACUCUGGUAAAGAAGGUUUUAAUGCUGCGAUUGGCGAAGUGGUCCAGGGGGUGAGGGAGUAUAAUGAGGGUGUGAGGAGGAGUAAUGAGAGUGUGAAAAGUGUUAUUAAUAAUUUCAUAGGCGAUGUAAUUUUACUUGGUAGCGAUUUAAAUAAUUUUACAGGGCACAAUCAUGUUGACGUAAUUAACGUAAAAGUGGAGGCGUGUAUCAACCAUGCCAAGGACUAUGCCGUUGGCAUGGAACAUGCCGAACGACAUGUAAAAGAUCUGCAAGAUGAAUUAGAAAGUAAGGUGAGGAACGCAACUAAAAAUAUCGAAUAUCAGGCGCAACAAGCAAGAAGUAUCCAUGCGAGUCAAAAAAAGGAAUUGGAGCGGGUGACCCGUUUGGUUGAGAGUGAGCUUAGGGAGGCCAAAGAGCGUAUUAAUGAGACAGUUAAACGUGACAUCACAGAGUUGUUUGAAGGGUUAAAUGUUAAAAUUACGGCGCUGAAAGGAGAAAUUCAAGGUGUUAAUGAUGUGUUGGAAAAGCAUGUAAGUGAGUUGGGAGAGUUGAUUAAUAAAGCACACGAAGCUGUUGUGGCAGCCAUGGCGCAGGUUGAAAAAAUAUUGGAUGAAGUUGGUAACCAAAGCCCGCAAAAUCUAAAUAAGCAAGAACUCUUGAGAGCUAUUGGCACGUUGGAGCAAAAAGGUGUCGAUUUCUAUAAUGCGUAUGACACAGCGAAAAAGGAUUUGCCGAAUGUCGUCAGGAACGUCACAAAGGCGGUAGAGGGAUUGGAUGGAAAGAUUCAGAAGGAUCUGGAAAUAUUAAGAGCCGUUAUUGACGCGAAAAUAUUGCAGUACGUAAAGAAAGCGAAGGAACAGUUUAAGGCCAUCAAGGAUGAGAUUGGGGACACGCAGGGUACACCAAGUACGGACAGUGUAUUAUAUAAUUGGAGUAGGCUCAUACACCAGAUCACAUGGCUUACCGGUAAGAUUUAUGAGAAGAAUAAAUCUAUGAAAAAAGAAGGCUUUCUUGGCGAUAUUAUGCAGCACGUGGACGACUAUGUUGCAAAGUUCAAAGACCAAGAGACGUUUGGAGAAAAAGUUUUGAAGGAGUGGGUUGGUGAUAUUUUGGGAUUGGGGAAUCACAGACUUGACACGUAUGUUAGCACAAAGAAGGGUAGCUUCAAGGAUAAGCUGAAAAGCAUUACCAGUGGCAAAGACGACAAGUUGCGUGACCCAAUUAAGAAGGUUUUUAAGAAUAAGCUUGCGGAAGCAAAUAUUUAUAAUGGCAAAGUAUCGUUCCUCACCGAAACUACCAAAAACAUCACAAACGAUUUGAUUGCUGUCAAAACAGCUUGCGAGCAAUUCGCUCAGCAGCUUAAUGAGAAGAUUGAUGGCGGCAGGGAUUAUACAUUUGCUGGUGAAAUAGCCGACCAGAUUGAGACAGAUGGGCCGGAUGGCAUUCUUGAAAAGCCGAGUAAGACCGGCGAUCAGAAUCUUAAAAUGGCCAUCUAUCAAAUCCUCCUAAAACUCGCUGCUAAAGCCAAGUCAACCGCCACCCAACUCGAUUGGCUGGUCAAAACUGGGGGUAUCAAUGGAAACAUCGGCAAGGUGAAUGAGGCUAUAACCAAAAUCACUGAAAUCAAAACAAGACUUGGAGACGGUAAAAAUCAAGAGCCAGGCAGUAAGAUUACGCAGGCAUUGGAGGAGGUGAAGCUGCAGAUUCGCCAGCUUAACGACACUCUCAACACAGAAAUUGAAAAGCAGAUUGGAUGGGAAUUUGAGGGUGCUGAUUCAGAUCCUCGUAAAGUUCCGGAUCUCAUGACGAAUUACCGUGACCAUGUAGGAGAUGGUGGUUUUCCUAGUGAGACCAGUGUUCAGGGGAAUAUUAAGAAACUUCAAGAGACAGCACUGAACCCUCUAAAAAACUUGGCAGAUAAAAUUAAUGCCAAGAGCAUCGGGGGAGAUGCUAACAUCGUUCGCGCCAACCUAGGAAGACUGUGUACUGCCAUUCUAAAUGCGGCAUCUGCACGUAAAGACAGCGCACACAAAAAAUUGGGCGAGCUGAAAACUUUGAUUUCACGAGGAAAUACCGACGUUGACAACACUCUUAGCAAGUUGAGAGAAGGUCUCAACAAUCUUAGAGUAAAGACGUUGUUCCCGUUAAUCCAACAGGCAGAGACAAUCACUGAGGAAGCCUCAGUGCAUAGCAAAAAAAUGAUCUGGUAUAUUGAGCACCAAGUGACUCAACAACUUAAUGGAGCUCGGGAUACGAUCACCCAAGCCCUCCAAACUAAAUACGUUCUCUUCCUGAAAUCCCAACUCACGGAGUUCUCCACGAAAUGUCAAAGUGAAUUGAAUGACCUACCCGCGCAGAUCACCGCGGACGCCGAAAAGGGCUUCAAAGGCUUCAUGGGGGUGCUCCACGAGAAAUUAACGGAAAUUCAAUUGCCUACGAAUUUGGAUGGCAACUCCAAACUGAGAGAUCUAUCUCCCAGAACAAAAGCCUUCUUCAGUAGCCUACUUGACACUCUGAACGGCAAUAAGGACAUCAUGGCCAAGCCUCUAAAAAUCAACGAGCUUUCUGCAUCUCUCAACAUUCUAUUCGCUGACCUCAAUAAAUACAACAGAGAUUUCCAAGAUCACCUAGCCGCAUUAGGCAGACUCAUUCGCGAUAUGCGUCCCACAUCUUACAAUGACGAACGCAAUCCUUUGUUGCAAAUACUUAGGGGAGGCGUCCAUCUAUUGUACAAUCAGCUUGAAAUGGCGUACGUCUCAUCGUACGACAGUGAGCAAAUCACCUGGGAAUAUAACUCCAGGCCGACGCCCGAAGCAAAACAAAUGCGUCAAGGUUCUCUUGACAAUAAUAAGCAUUGUUCUCAGUGGUCUAUACAAUGUUAA